ACGACAUCAACAAAAAGCAUUUCCGUUGUCCUCGAUGUGUGUCAAAUCGUCAAGGGUUAUCUUCCGUCGGUUUAAUAAGAAUACAUAGGAAUGGAAGACGAAACACCCGUCAUAUAUGGACUUGAGUUUCAGGCACGAUCGCUGACAUCCCAGACAGCAGAGACAGAUAGAAUAAGAUUUUUGGUGGGAACACAGUCUUUACGCUCAGAGAAUCAGGUUCAUCACAUUGACUUUGAUGACGAGAACAAUGUUAUCAACAAGAAUGUGUUCUUGCAUAGGGAGGGAGAAGUAUGGCAUAUCAGCUCAUCUUCUUUUGACAGUUCUCUGCUAGCAACAUGCUACAACAAAACAUCAGAUACUAAAUCAGAGCUGCAUGCAGCAGUUUGGCGUCUUCCUGGUGACUAUGAUCCAAGUUCUCCAGCAGACGAUCAUUCUGCUUCACAUUCACCACUUGAACUACUUUGCUGUUUGGAUAGAGCAGAGCAAGAUGUAAAAAUGGUCAUGUGGCAUCCAACUGGAGACAGUCAUACCAUUCUUGGGUUGUGUGAAGAUCGAGUUGUCUGCUGGGAUCUGAAUGUUGCAUCUUCCUCUGCUACUAUUACUGAUUCUGUAAUCUUAGAGAGUAAAGGACAGUUGCGUUUAUCAUGUGGUCGGUGGAAUCCUCACCAUAACUGUACUCACAUAGCCACUGCCAAUGACUCUACAAUUCGUGGGUGGGACAUGCGUUCAAAACAGCAAGCAUACCAGAUAGAAGGAGCACAUGGACAGCUUGUGCGGGAUCUGGAUUUUAAUCCUAAUCGACAGUAUUACCUGGCUAGUUGUGGUGAUGAUUGCCGUGUCAAAUUCUGGGACACGCGAAACACAUCAGAGCCUUUGAAAGUGCUUUCAGAUCACUCCCAUUGGGUAUGGUCUGUACGCUACAACCACUUCCAUGACCAGUUGGUGCUGACAUCUAGUAGUGACAGUCGUGUCAUUCUCAACAAUGUUGUGACUUUGUCAUCUGAACCUUUUGGCCAUCUAGUUGAAAAAGAAGAAGAGAGUGAGAACGACGUGCUUCAGGAGAGAAAUCAGGAGACACCAAAAGAUGGUGUGAUUGCAACAUAUGAGGAGCAUGAGGACAGUGUGUAUGCUGUUGACUGGUCCACUGCUGAUCCUUGGGUCUUUGCCUCACUUAGCUAUGAUGGAAGACUGGUCAUAAACAGAGUUCCACGAGCAGAAAAAUAUAAAAUUUUGCUUUGAAGACACUUUUUACAAUAAUCUUGAACUAUGUGCAAUAAAAUUAUUGAGAGAGUCUGUGUGUGCAUGCAAGUUGUGUAUGUGAGAGAGAAUGAGUGUGUAUGUGACAGAAAGGGGAUGAUAUGUAUGAUCAGACUGUGAGAGUCUUGCAAUGGUGUAGGUAGGAAGAUGCUCAGCUUUGGGGGAGUGGGCACACUUCUUUCUGACAGUGAAUGACAUUAACAUAAUUACCUCCCCAGUAUCUUUUUUUUUUGAGGGGACAGUUAUGCCCCUGGUUUCUACACCACUGUUUUGUAGGUCUGGUAAUUCAGGUGUAUAUUGCUGGAGCAACAAUAGUUAAGAUUCCUUGGAAGUAUGUGCAAGUGUAUAACCUCUUUUAUUCUCGUUUACGCUGGUUGAAUAUAAGAACUGGCUUCCACACUAGUAUUCUGUGUUCAUAAUGGUUGUCUUCAAAGAGUAGUUACAGUUUAAAAUCUUAACAUUAUAAUAUUGUAAGUAAAUGUUAUUGGGCUGUGGCUUUUAUUCUUUUCAAAAGUGUUUAUUACAAAAUUUUACUUCUUUUGUGUGCAAAAGAUGUAUCUUCAUGAACCUGCAAAGCUUACAUAUAUAUUUAUUUCAUUUUGUAAUCUAAAACACAAUACUUCUGAAAUUUUUGUUUAAGUCAUCAGCAAAGGGCUGGCAAUUCCUAUGUCCACAUUCCGCUCAUUGUUAUUAUACAAACUUCCAGCAAACCUCAA